CUUAAAUAAUUUAUUAUUGCAAAUGAAUAUGGCAAAAAUAUGCUAAUUAACACAGGUAUGCAACAAAGUGAUUUCACCAAAGUGAUCUCUUCUUCGGGAAUUGUGAGUUAUACAUGUUCACUUUGUCCAUAUUCUUCUCAUCAUAAAUUCCUAUUGAAGCGACAUUUAUCAGUUCAUACUGGAGAACGUCAGCAUGUUUGCAAUGUUUGCCAAAAAUCCUUUACUCAGAAGGGUAAUCUCAAAAUCCACAUGAGAUUGCACUCUGGAGAUCGGCCAUACAAAUGUUCCCUUUGUUAUAAAACCUUCAAUCAGAAAUCUCAAUUAACGAGUCACAGCAUAGUUCAUAUGAGAAAACUACCUUCUUAAUCAAAGAAGGAGAAUAUGUAAUUAAUUUUUUAAAUAUUAGUUUUUUGGUUUUUAUAAGAACUCAGUGGAAUAUGACACGUUCUCAAUAUUUUUACACAGUACAGAUUUAAAGAAUCUUUAGCUCAUAGUUUCUUUAAAAAAUAUGAUGAAGUCGAACAUUUUGGUUAUUUUUAUGCUAUGGUAUUUACAUUCUGUGAGUAGUAAAAAUACAUGUUUUGUUAUAAUAGGUAUAAAAUAUGAUUUGAUGUGGAUCAUGUUUCUGUUGAAUCUUUAUUUUGAUCGUAUUCCAAUUGUGAUUUUGAUUCCAUUAUGAUUUUGAAAAUUUGUGAACUAUCGUGACUACUUA